AUGGAAGAUCAAGUGCACAAACCGCAUCGCAAGUCCAAGGACAAGAAAGACAAGAAGCAGCAUACAGGUGAGCGCAACCCAAAGGCGUUUUCCUUCGCCAACCCUGGCAAGCUCCAGAGACAAGCAGCGAGAUCGCAAGAUAUCAAGGAAAAGCGUCUCCAUGUCCCGCUCGUGGAUCGAUUGCCCGAUGAGGCCCCGCCUCGACUCGUUACAAUCGUUGGCCCUCCCGGUGUAGGAAAGACAACGUUGAUGAAAUCGCUCAUUCGACGAUAUGCCAAAGAAACGAUAUCGGACCCUCAAGGCCCUGUGACGGUCGUCACAUCGAAGAAGCAACGCCUGACCUUUGUCGAGUGCCCAAACGAACUGGAGGCCAUGGUCGACAUCGCAAAGGUUACCGAUAUUGUCCUCUUGAUGAUUGAUGGAAAUUACGGCUUUGAGAUGGAAACUAUGGAGUUUCUCAACAUUCUCGCCGCUACAGGUAUGCCAGGAAACGUUUUUGGCAUCUUGACACAUCUGGAUCUUUUCCGGAAGCCACAGGCGCUGAAGGAUGCCAAGAAGCGUCUCAAGAGGAGACUUUGGACAGAGCUGUACCAGGGCGCCCACCUCUUUUACCUCUCUGGUGUUAUGAACGGCCGAUAUCCCGACCGCGAAAUCCACAACUUGUCACGCUUCCUCUCUGUCAUGAAGAACCCACGGCCUCUCGUCUGGCGCAAUUCUCACCCUUACUCCGUCAUCGACAGCUUCCGAGAUAUCACGCACCCGACCAAGAUCGAGGAAGACCCCAACUGCGACCGGUCGAUUGUACUUUCCGGUUACCUGCGAGGUACAAAUUUUGCUUCGCACAACCAACGAGUCCACGUCCCUGGUUUGGGAGAUUUUACAGUGUCUAAUAUGGAGGUUAUGCCAGACCCCUGUCCAACCCCAUCGAUGGAACUGGCAAUGGCGAAGAUUACAGGCAAGACUGGGCGAAGGCGACUUGACGAAAAGGAAAAGAAGCUUCAUGCUCCCAUGUCGGAUCGUAGUGGCUUGAAGAUUGAUGGUGAUGCCAUCUGGAUCACCAGCGACAAGGGCUUCAGCUUCGACCGGGAGGAGGACGAUGAUGCCGAGCGAGGAGAAGGAGAAGAGAUGAUUGUUGGUCUUCAAGCUGAGCGAAAGCUUCUCGGCCAAAUGGAUGGCGGCGUCCAGCUUUUUAAGGGCGGCAACAAGGUCGAGGCAGUGCCAGAGGAGGAAGACACUGGCAGAAAAACACAUCGCAAACCUAGAUUUGCCCAAAGAGAAGAUGGCGAUGAUGACCAAAACGAAGACGAUGAGGGCUCUGUGAGUGGUGACGAAAACUUGGACUCGGAUGCCGAGAUAGAAUUCAGUGAAGGCAAACUAGGCAAGAUGUUCCGCAAGGAUGCCGAUAAGGAACUCGGUGAUGAUGAUCUUGCAUUUGCCGACAGUGACUCAGACCUCGGAGCAUUGUCUGAUGAGGAAGAGGUGGAAGACGAUGAAGAAUACGAUUCAGACGAGGAAGCAGCAGCAUUAAGGUGGAAGGACAACUUGAAUGGCACUGCGAUGAGGCUUCAUGGCAAGAGACGCUCAUAUCACACAAGUGAUCUGGCUAGGUAUAUGUACGACGACUCACUAAGCCCAGAAGAUGCUCUCAAGCGAUGGAAGGGCGAGGAUGACGAAUCAGAAGAGGAGAAUAUUGAGGACGAUGACGAUGAAGAUGACUUCUUUAAGAAGUCGAAACAAGAGCAGGAAGACGCUAUAGAGGAUAGGUCAAUACCCGCAUAUGACUACGAGGACCUAGCGGCCAAAUGGGCAUCAGAGAAGAACGUUGAGGCUUUACGAAGGAAGUUCACUUCGACAGCCCUCGCUGCUGGCGAUGAUGAUGACGGUGAUGGGGAUGCCAACGACAGCGACUUCGAUGGCUUGGGCGACUCAAAUGAUGAGGGCGAUGGUGUCUUCGAGGAUCUCGAGGCUGAAGGCCAACAAGAGCCAGCACAGCCCACUGUCGACGAUAUUGAGGCCGAGCGAGAGAAGAACGCAAAGCGAAAGGAGGAACUCAAGAUGCGAUUCGAAGAGGAAGAUCGCGAGGGUUUCCUCAAUGAUAAGGCAAAUGCUCGACGAGAAGGUGGAGAUGUGCAAGAGUUUGGUGAGGAUCAAUGGUAUGAGGCGCAAAAGGCUAUGAUCCAGAAGCAGCUCGAUAUCAACAAGGAGGAAUUCGAGAACCUCGAUGAGCGUCAACGCUCUGCUGUGGAAGGCUACCGAGCCGGCAAAUAUGCCAAGGUUGUCCUCGAAGGUGUUCCGGCCGAAUUUGUCAAGCUCUUUGAUGCUCGUCGACCUAUCGUCGUCGGUGGUCUCUCUGCCACAGAAGACCGAUUCGGCUAUCUUCAAGUCCGCAUCAAGCGUCACCGCUGGCACAAGCGCAUUCUCAAGACAAAUGAUCCUCUUAUCUUCUCUUUGGGAUGGCGUCGCUUCCAGACCAUGCCCAUCUACAGCACCACCGACUCGCGCACGCGCAACCGUAUGCUCAAGUACACACCUGAGCAUAUGCAUUGCUUCGGUACCAUCUACGGUCCCUUAAUUGCACCCAAUACAGGCUUUGUUUGCUUCAACUCAAUGUCAGCGUCGACACCCGGUUUCCGCAUCGCUGCUACUGGUACAAUCCUCAGCGUCGAUGAGUCCACAGAGAUCGUCAAGAAGCUCAAGCUUACCGGUACACCUGCAAAGAUCUACAAGAACACAGCUUUCAUCAAGGACAUGUUCAACUCAUCUCUUGAAAUCGCCAAGUUUGAGGGAGCUUCUAUCAAGACGGUCUCUGGCAUUCGCGGUCAGAUCAAGCGUGCUUUGUCCAAGCCCGAGGGCCAAUUCCGCGCAACUUUCGAGGACAAGAUUCUUCUUAGUGACAUUGUCUUCUUGCGUGCCUGGUACCCAAUCAAGCCUCACCGGUUCUACAAUCCUGUCACCAACCUCAUCGGCUGGCAGCCCAUGCGACUCACGGGCGAGGUCCGCCGUGAUCAGAACGUGCCUACUCCCCAGCCCAAGAACAGCCAGUACCGCACUAUUGAACGAGAGACCCGCCACUUCAACCCUCUCCGUGUUCCCCGCGCCCUUGCUGCUGACCUUCCUUUCAAGUCGCAGAUUGUCGAAACCAAGAGGCAAAAGAAAGAGACAUACAUGCAGAAGCGUGCUGUCAUCAUGGCUCCUGGUUCCGAGGAGAAGAAAGCCCGGGCUCUCAUGCAGCAGUUACUCACAAUCCGUAACGACGCUGCUGCCAAGCGUCGUGCCGCAAAGGAGAAGAACCGUGCUGCUUUCCAGAAGAAGUUGGCAGACAGCGAGGAGAAAAAGGAAGCCCGUGAGAAACGGGAAUCCAAGGACUUCUGGAGGAAGAAUGGCCGCAAGCGUGCCGCCGCCGAAGAUGGAGGUGGUGGCAAGCGCAGGAAGUAA